AUGGAGGCCGACCCGAAAGCCGGCGAAGCGGCGCCGACCGUGCAGGACUUCCCUCUGUAUCUCGACCUCGGUAGUGGACUCACUGCCAAGCUCGAGGAACACGACUACGCCGUCCUCGUAGACCAUAGGCUAGAGUUCAACCCCCGUUGCUUGGGAUUCGGCAUCAACAUCGCACCGCUUCCAGGAGCACAUUGCAGCAUCGUUGUCAUCCUGUACCCCGGCGACCUGUUGAAGGGUGGGGGGGAGAAGAUCAGGACCUCGAUCCGGCACUUUGACCCGCAGACCGUGAAGCAGUGGCACCGCGACGAGGCGAUCCGCGUGCUGAAGUUUUUCCGGGUGGCGGUCCUGGCCGAGCUUGGGUGCGAUGGUAGGAAGUGGGAGUGGGCGAAGCCUUCCGAUGAAGAGGUGGAGGACAGGCUCGCCGACUGCGAUCAACCCGUUCGAGAUAAAGUGCCCGACGCCGUCCGGGACGGGGACGCGGGCUCCGGCCUGCUAGCAAUGAGCGCGUUGUGCUGGGUGGUGAGGAGGAUGGAUCUCCUGACCGGCGCCCUCCGUCGUAGUGUGACCAGCAUGGACAAGGUCAACGUUUCGGGGUUGAAGGGGCUGCGGAAUGGGAUGAUAACAUUCGUCAAGGAGCACGUCGCUCUCAAACGGUCGGGCCAUGUCGGAGUUGCUGCCGACGCCUGUGACGACGACGGCGAGGAGGCCCCUUUGGCAUCCACAGCAAUAGGUGUCGCCUACACCGUCGAUGAUGCGCGUGGGACUUCGAUCGGAGAGCCCGGAGGCGGCGUCGACAAGGAAGAUGAGGAGGCGGGAAGGGCGGUGACUGGGACCGCGGAGAAGAACCAGGAGGAUAACGAGGAUCAGGAAGAGGACCAUGAGGAUCGUGAGGAGGAGGAGGAGGAGGAGGAGGAGGAGGAGGAGGAGGAGGAGGAGGAGGAGGAGGAGGCGGAGGAGGCGGAGAAGCAGCAAGAGGGGGAGCAGGAGGAAGAGGUCGAGUGGGAGUUGGAGGAAAUGGAGGUGGAGUACGUAGAGGGAGCGGCGGAAACGGCUGGGAGGUCGGCAGAUGUUGUGAACAAGGGAGGGGAGGAUGCCGGCGAGGAGAAAGUCGGCGUGGAGGAGGCUCACGGGGGGGGGCAGAAGGUCGUGGUCGGCGAUGUGGUUGGCGACGCGAAGGAAGUUAUCGACCUCGAGGUCGUUGGAGAAGGGGAUAACGCCACGGCCACGAAGCAGACGGGCGUGGAAGCGCCUACCGAGACCACCGCAGGGAAGGCCGGGGGGGAGCUGUCUAGGGUGAAGAAGGCGGCGCGCGGUCAUCCCGGUUCCUCCGCAUCUGGUCGGCAGGCACCGCUGGACGUCGUCGAGCAGCUGCGACAGGAGAACAGGCGAUUGACGGCAAAAAAUGCCCGUAUGGAGAAGGCGCUCGAAGAUGAAAGGGGUCGGGUGGACAGGUUUGUGUUGGGGAUGCGGGGACUCCUCGACAAGCUCCAGUCGUUGGCCGACCAGGUCGCCGUCUCCGACCAUAAUGCGGCGAAACGGCUGCUAGAUGCGACGUCGGCCGUGUCGACAACCAUCACGGACAACAUCACCAACCACAUGGACGAAUCGUGGAAGGCGAUGAAGUCCUUCGCCGAAAAGGCGUCGACGUGGUUGGCGGAAAUCGACGGUCCGGAGGGAAGUAUGGCAGUUGAACGCGCAAAAGCGGUCGCCGCCUUGGGCAACCACGUGGAAGCGGUGGUGGACGAUGCGAAGCUGGGUUUGGAGGACUUCAUCUCGAAGCACCUAGCCGCCGCGCAGGCCAACAUUGCCGCCGCGGUAACUCGCACCAUCGCCGUGCCGCCGCCGCCCCCGCCGCAGCCCACGCCAGCCUUCCCGGACGAGCUCAUGAAGUCGUUCAAGGCGGACGUGUUGAAGGCGGUGACGGAGGCCACCCAGCAGUCGUUUGUUGCGUCCGGGUUAAAGCUCAUGACCGAGGUGAUCGGCAAUGUGGCGGCUGGUCGGCGUGCGUCGUCGCCGUCGGCCAAUGACGCCGAUCCCGCGCAACGAAGGGAGGCCGACAAGCAGGGCCGGAAAAGGGCGGGCGGCGGAGAUGAUGCAGGGGGCGUGAAGCGGAGCAAGGGAGCCGAUGGAGGCCGCGGCGUCGGCGCGGUGGGUCCAGGCGGCUCGCGGACUCGAGGUCAGAGCGUGGUCGACCAGCUCAAGAAGAACGGGGCCAAGGUGAUAAGGUCGCACAGCAAGGGCGAUGGAAUCGGGAGUGCAGAUGGGGGCCAUGCCGACGAGGUUGCCGCACAAGACGGCGGGAAAGGCUUGAGCGACAAGGAGAUCCCAACCGCUCAAACGGCGAUAGAUGGCGGCGCCAGAACCGUCAAGGGACCGUCUGUCGGGGUCGCGGGGGCCACGUCGAUUCCCCGAAAACCCCCUGCGGCUAGCAGCGCGCCGGUCGGCCCGUCAGCCGCCAACAACGAUGGGCCGGCCCUUGUGGCUACUCCAGCUGCAGUGGGCCCGUCUGCCGCCAAGGGCGACGCGAAGGAUGCUGCGGCUAACCGCGACGGUCCGUCCGCCUCUAAGGUGCCCGCAGCGGCGAACGCGCUCAGGGAAAUGCUCCACCGCAUCGAGGCCCAUCGCAAGGACGUGCAGCAGCCUCCCUUGGUCGAUGCCGCCCCCGCCGAAGCAGCACGUCGCACGGUCACUCCGCAGGUCGCCGCCACAACGCCCAGUGCCCCACAUACCGCGCCUCUGGUCGCCGCCCAUCCAACUGCGGACCCAAAGUCCGCAUUGCUUCGCGCUCGGUUAGGCGCACGUAGUGCGGCAGCGCCAGCACAGACUCGGCCGGAAGCCGGCUCAAGCGCGACGCCGACGUCGGUAAACGAGGCGGCGGAGAAGGGCGUGAGGGCAGCGCUAGCCACCGGCGGCGGAGCCGUUGACCAUGCACAGGCGUCGAUAGGCCACAACGACGCCGACAUCGCUGCCAACCAGAACCUGUUGGAAUCGGUAAAACGCCCCGGGCACCCUGCUGCUCUGGCCAUCUCGGACACGGCACAUGUGGAGCCCUCUGGCGAAUCCCCCCGCUGGUUCAGCGGAGCCAAAGACGACCACUGA